AUGCACUCCCAACUAACCAGUACCGAGACAAUCCAUCUCGCCCAAAUGGCCGCAGCCAGCAGCACCACGGAGCUGCGCGCCCGGCACCCAGAAACACAACCACAUUCAGAACCAGAAGCAGCAGCACCACCACCACCACCACAGUACUCAACCGACACAGAUCCAACCUGGGACACAAAAGAAGGCUGGCCCGUCGUCGCCGCCGGCUCGGCCAUAUUCUUCGUCUUCCUAGGCCUCAUUUAUUCCUACGGGAUCGUGCAACUGCACCUAGCAGAGGCCCAUCUCGCGAGCGUAUCGACACUGUCUUUCAUCGGGUCCGUCGGGGCCGCGAUGUCGCCAUUAACUGGCAUGCUUGUUGCUCGUGUUAUCCGGGUAGUCGGGUACAGAUAUACUGCAUUCCUCGGUGGGAUAUUGCUCGGCCUGGGCGAGUUCACGGCGGGGUGGGCGACAAAGUCCGUUCCUGCGAUGUUUGUCACGCAGGGGUUUUUGUUUGGGGUUGGGGCUGGUUUGCUUUUCUUGCCAGCAGCAACAGUCCCGUCGCUAUGGUUCAAGAGACGACGCGGACUCGCAACGGGCGUUGUCUACGGCGGCGCAGGAUUCGGUUCUGCGAUUAUCGCACUUACCCUGGAAAAGCUCAUCAGCGCGACUGGACUCGAAACGGCACUGAAGAUUCUAGGCGGAGCGUCGUGGGCUAUCUGUCUCCCGGCUGCAUACUUCCUCAAGGCACCUGCGGGGAGGGAACGUGCUGUUGCGACUAUGAAAUGGUCCCUCUUCCGCAGCCUCAAAUUCCUCAUCAUGCUGGCCAUGGGUGCUAUCGCGACAUUUCCACUCUUCGUCCCUCCAUUUUUGCUCCCGUUAUAUAUAACCUCCAUCGGUCUCUCCAGCCAAACGGCUGCCUUCAUUCUCGCAGCGUGGAAUCUCGCCUCCGCACUGGGCCGUAUCGGGAUGGGAUUCGGGGCUGACACUGUCCUUGGCCCGCUGAAUAGUAUGUUCGUCUCGUUGACCGUAAUCGGGGUCACGGCGAUGGCGCUGUGGCCGUUUGCGAACUCACUAGGCCUGCUAAUCUUCUUUGCGAUUCUGAAUGGCGUUGGGUCUGGGGGCUUCUUCAGUCUCAUGCCCGUUGUUGUGGGCGCGGUGUUUGGGGAUGGCGAGUUGGCAGGCGUCAUGUCGGUUUUGACGACGAGUUGGACGUUUGGGUAUUUCUUGGGCGCGCCGAUUGCUGGAUAUCUACUUGAUGCGUAUGGUGGUGCGGAAGCCGGGCUUGUGGCGUUUCGGCCUGCAUUCUUCUAUGCUGGGUCUUUGACGCUGGCGAGUGCGGGUUUGAUCUUGGCUGUUCGGUUGAUGAUGAAUAGGAAGAUAUUUACGAGGGUAUAG